CGCACGGAAGACGGGCCGUCUCACGGUAGUUUUCAUAAAUAUUUGCUGAGAAGUGCAGCUUAUUUAUUCAUCUAUUUGCACGCAUCUCUGAGCACAAUACGCUGGAAUAUAAAAUAAGUCGUGAUAUUUAAUUUUACUCGCAACGCCACCAUUUGCUCAAUCAAGUAAACAUUGUGUACAAGUUUUGUGAUGCGCGCAGUAUAGAGCGUAACAAGAAAAUCGCGAGAAGGUGUGAGAAGUGAAAAAUCAAAAGAAUAUCUAUCAUAAUCACAGCAGAGUGGAAAAAAGGCAAAAUAGUGAAGUUAAUACGAAUUUGGUGUGUAACGCUGCUGCUGGUUUGGUGUUAGUGAGUGUCACAUUGUGUGUUUGUUUGUUUGCGUGUGUGUGUGAGCCAAACAAAAGGGCGUCGUCGUCGACGUAGGCGUCGCAGUUAAGAUUUUAUGCGAAAAUACAUAAAAUUUAUAAACUGCUAAGGCCAACAACAAUAACUAAACUAACAAAAAGCUAAAUAUUAAGUGCUGUAACAAUAAUACGAGACAAAAAGUUGAAACUCCGGCUGAGUGUGCCACCCUGCCACGACUUCAACCGCAUCACGAUGCAAUAAUGGAUUCACUGUUGCAAGUCUCCACACAGAGCACCAAUCGGGAUCAUUUGACGCUGCAGCCGCAGCAAUUGCCACGUUCGCGGGGUUCCAGUUCCAAUUUGAGAGCCAGUCGCUCACCAUCGGCCACACGCAGCAACGAGCAAAUGUCCAGAGAGCGUGCCACGGAAGCGAGCGGACAGGAAGCAGGAGCGUCAGCGGUGUCUGGAGUAGCAGCAGCGUCAAGUCCGGCAAUUGCAGCAACGGCGGCGGCUGCAUCCACCAACAACUCCUCUUCGGCAUCCUCGACCACAGUGGCAGCUGCACAAGCGGCUGUCUUUAGCGUCGGCAACACGGUGACCGGCAGUCUGGGUAGCGGCGGAGUGGCGGUGCGCGGCUUUCGUAGCCACAGCCCGUCGCAUCAUCGUCGCCGGAGUCGCGAACGUCAGCGACGCACCCAUGGCUCCGAUCAGGGCGGCCUCUUGGCCUACAGUGGCGGUCUAGUGGGUGUGGACAUGAUCUCUGGAAUCCCUCCCGUAGAGAGCGUUCUCAUCGGUGGAGUUGGCGGCGGUGGAGGUGGUGGGAGCGCAGGCACUGGCAGUGGACUGGAGGACUCGCGUCUAUCGGGAAAUGAAGACUACUGCUAUUCCUCUUUCGUUUCGGACGAUUUCGAUGGCAAUCCGCCGGCAUCAUUGGUAGACAGUAGCAAGAAAUUACACCACAGGCGCCCCCACGAACGCACGUCCAGCCUCCAAGCUAUCGACAGGCUGAAUACGAAAAUACAAUGUACAAAGGAGUCCAUACGACAAGAGCAAACUGCCAGAGAUGAUAAUGUUAAUGAGUAUCUGAAGCUGGCAGCCAGUGCGGACAAACAACAGCUUCAACGCAUCAAGGCUGUCUUCGAGAAGAAAAACCAAAAGAGCGCACACAGCAUUUCGCAGCUGCAAAAGAAACUGGACAAUUAUACGAAACGCGCCAAGGACUUGCAGAACCAGAAUCAAUACCAGACCAAGAGUCAACAUCGUCAGCCUCGCGAAGUGCUGCGGGAUGUGGGCCAAGGACUGCGCAAUGUCGGUGGCAAUAUACGCGAUGGCAUUACGGGUUUCUCCGGUUCCGUGAUGUCCAAGCCGCGAGAAUUUGCACACUUGAUUAAAAAUAAGUUCGGCAGUGCGGACAACAUCAAUCAGAUGGGCGAGUCAGAGCUGCAAAAUUCCGAGAUGCUGGGCAACCCAGGCACCACAAUGGGCGGCCACAUGACUGUCGGCGGAGUUGGCGGUGCUUUGAACAAUCUGCCCGCCGGCACUUCGACGGGAUCGGGGAAUACGACAGGUGGUGCGGGCAGCGGUACCGGAAAAUUCAACAGCGACAAUGGAAGCGAAUGCAGCAGCGUGACCAGCGAAAGCAUACCAGCGGGCUCCGGCAAAAGCCAAUCUGGGGCCAGUCAAUAUCACAUAGUGCUCAAGACACUGCUAACCGAACUGGCCGAGCGCAAAGAGGAGAAUGAAAAGCUAAAGGAGCGCAUUGAACGGUUGGAGACGAGCCAAAAGGAAUUCAACAAUUUGACCGCAACACUUGAAAGUGAACGCUAUCGUGCGGAAGGACUGGAGGAGCAAAUCAAUGACUUGACGGAAUUGCAUCAGAAUGAAAUCGAGAAUCUGAAACAAACUAUUGCCGAUAUGGAGGAGAAAGUACAAUACCAAAGCGAUGAAAGACUACGUGACGUAAACGAAGUGCUCGAGAAUUGUCAAACGAGGAUUUCGAAAAUGGAGCACAUGUCUCAGCAACAAUAUGUCACCGUCGAGGGCAUUGAUAAUUCGAAUGCGCGCGCCUUGGUUGUGAAACUCAUCAAUGUGGUAUUAACGAUAUUGCAAGUGGUGCUCCUGUUGGUUGCCACAGCGGCUGGCAUUAUAAUGCCAUUCCUUAAAACGAGAGUUCGUGUGUUAACCACGUUUCUGUCCAUUUGUUUUGUCAUCUUUGUGAUACGCCAAUGGCCCGAUGUGCAGGAUAUAGGCGCAGGUCUGGUGCGGCAUCUGAAGCAAUCGCUGGUGGUGAAGUGAAGCGCCGAAGCUGCUGCACAUUAAUGUCGUACGAUUAUUUAUUAAGUUCAAAAGUGUAUAUAGUUUAUAAAUAAUAUUUAACAUAUACUAUAUGUUUAGCUAAAGGAAA